AUGAAAUUUCUAAGACUACUUUUAAGUGUCGGCCUAAUAUUGGUCACAAUAGCUAAUGCUGCUUAUGAUUCAAAAAGGGACUCAAAUAAAAAAAUUGAUUAUCGUUUACCCAAUAACAUAAUACCAAUACAUUAUGAUAUCAAACUGACAAUGUACAUCGAAGAAGAUAAUUUUACUUUUUGUGGUGAAACCAGUGUCAAUAUCAGAAUUUGUUCUGCAACAAUAGAUAUAAGUUUGCAUAUGCAUGAUUUAGAAAUAAAUGAAACGGCGACGACAUUGAUAAAAAAUGACAUAAUCUAUAAACCAAUUGAACAUAUUUAUAACAACAAAACGGACAUUUUAACGUUGAAAUUUAAUGAAGAAUUAUCGCUUGAUCUUUACAAAUUGAACAUGAAGUUUGCUGGUAAUAUAUCUGACACUGAGAAUAGUGGUUUUAUUAUAAAAUCAUAUACAGACAAAGGAGAAAAUAAAAUGUGGUUGGCUUUUACGCAGUUGGAACCAAUCGGGGCCAGACGAAUAUUUCCAUCUUGGGACGAGCCUGCAUUGAAAGCUACUUUUAACAUCUCUGUAAAGCAUCAUCAGAAAUAUAAGGCUUUGUCAAAUAUGCCGAUACGUGCUCAGAACGUGGACGAAGAUGGGAUGAUGUGGACACAUUUCAACACCACCCCAAUAAUGUCCACUUAUCUCGUGGCGAUCGUGUUGUCUGAUUAUGUUCGUGUUUCCAAUGCGGAUGGAACCGUCAAUAUGUGGGGUAAAUCGUCUAUGAUAUCGCAAAUAGAAUUCGCGCAUAGCGUUGCCGAAAAAGUCGAGCAGUUCUUGAUUCGAUAUACCAAUAUUUCAAGACAAGUUCCGAAAAUGGAUCACGUAACGAUACCUUCUUUUCUAAACAAAGGCAUGGAAAAUUGGGGACUUAUCAUUUACAGUGAAGAGAUCCUUAUGUAUAAUAAUAACACAGAUCCUACAUUUCGGAGGACAGGUAUAGCGUCAUUAGUAGCGCAUGAACUUGUACAUCAAUGGUUUGGCAAUUUGGUCACUCCAUCUUGGUGGUCCGAUUUAUGGUUAAAUGAAGGAUUUGCAGUGUUUUUAGAGAGAUACCUUCUCGAUAAGAUUUUUGAUUGGCGAAAAGUGGAAUUUUUUGUGCUCCAAAAAUUGCAUCUUUGUUUUGGAAUAGAUACUGGUUCCAUAAUGGAUUCUGUUACUAUGGAAGCUUAUAGAUUUCUUCAAUAUGAAUCGCUCCUUACACAUGAAGUUUAUAUAAAAGCACCUGUUAUAUUGCGUAUGUUGCAACAUGUAAUUACUGAUGAUGUGUUUCGAAAUGGUAUCAUUAUAUAUUUGGCCACGCAUAAAUUUGGUUCGGUGACAUCUGACGAUCUGUGGAUCGCUUUACAAGAUGCCCUAGAUAAAUCGAAAGUUCCGCAUGACAAUUACAAAAUAAAAGAAGUGAUGGAUACAUGGAUAAAGCAAAAAUCUUAUCCUUUGCUGAAUGUGACAAGAAAUUAUACAACUGGUGAAGUGAUAAUAUCGCAAAGACCCAAUCAUAACUUAACUGAUAUCGAUAUUAAUAUUAAAUGGUGGGUACCUGUGACUUUUGCUACGCAAACAAAUCCGAAUUUUUCCAAUACUUUGCCUAGGUAUUGGCUGAGGCCACAAGACCAAAAUAUAAGUUUUCAAAUUAAUACAAAUGAUUGGAUUAUUGUUAAUUUACAACAAACCGGAUAUUAUCGUGUCAAUUAUGAUUACACAAAUUGGCAAAGGAUUGUACGUUAUUUAAAUUCGGAGGAAUAUACGAAAAUUCAUGUUCUCAAUCGUGCUCAAAUUAUUAACGAUGCAUUUACCUUUUGGAUGGCAAAUGAACUCAAUGCGUCCGUAUUUUUCAAUAUUACAAAUUAUUUGUCACGUGAAACAGAUUACGUGGCAUGGUAUCCAAUGUUUCAAAUUUUAACACAAUUAUUACAAUACUUUAUUAUACCAGAAAGUGAAGCUUUUAAGUUGCACGUAGCAGGUAUUCUGAAUGAGCUUCUUCAAAAUACAGGAUAUGAAGAAAAUUUUGACGAUGAUGACAUCACAAAAAUGAAAAGGGUUGAAGCUACGAAAUGGGCAUGUCUCCUUGAUAAUCCAGAAACCAAGAAGAUGAUCAAUCUUAAAUUGAAAGAACGUCUCGACGAUCCUGAUAAUCACAAACUUCCAUUAUGGUGGAAAACAUGGACAUAUUGUUGUGGAAUGAUGAGAGCUGAUCAAACUACUUGGAAUAAACUCUUUGAAUUAUAUCAACAAACUCACGACCGCAAACUUUUAACAAUUUUGUCUUGUUCUCAAGAUCCUGAUAUUAUAAUCAAUUAUUUAAAUAUAAUAGCAUUGAACACUUCAUUAUUACACGGUUCAACGCAUUUUUAUGUCUUUAAUACUAUUCUUGAUAAACAAGCACGCAACAAUCUAAUUCUUGACUACGUAUUAGAAAAUUUGGAAAUAGUGAAACCCAAAUUAAUUGGUAUGACUUCAAUAUUAAGGAUUAUUAUUAGUCAUAUAUUUUCUCAGGAAUCAUUUGACAAGAUAAAUAGAUUCAUAGCAACAAAGCUCGAAUCAGAUUCCUCAAAUACAAUACAAGCAGUGAUAGAAAAGCGACAAGCUAAUCUCGAGCGUUCCGCAAAAAUUGUUAGAAGAUUGUUUCCAGUCGGAGAAAAUCAAACUCGUUAGCCAAAUGAUCCAAUCAAAUCUGAUACAUUUGCCUAUGUUAUAAAUAUUUUUAAAAUAUUGCUUUCAUUUAUUGUUGACAACU